CUUCAGGUACCUGUAGAUACCAACAACGACAUGCAGGACAUACACUUCAUCGCAUCCCUCCGUCGUUGAUAGAAGCUGUUUUGGCGCGUCAUGGAAGCCGUGCCGCCGUCAUACGCAUCCGCGACCGCGAUUGAUAUCUGGCAUAUCAUUGCGCCCUACAUUCCCUCCGCCGAUCUAUGCUCUGCAUUACUGGUCUGCAGCAGAUGGCACGCUACGUUCGCGCCUCACCUCUGGGGCAACCCGGCGAGUCACUUUGGUGUCGAGAACGAUGCAGUCUACGUGGCUCUCACGCGCUUCAGGAAGACUCUUCAAACUGCACGACUCUUCGUGCGGUCUUUGACCCACACCAUGCAUCUCCCUCCGGCACACGCUGAGCUAUACAACGGACCUCAUUCGCACUGGCUUCGUGAUAUAAUAGCCAGACUACCAAAUUUGCAAUCGUUGAUCGUGCGGGGAUUGCCGUUCUUCGACUAUGCAGCACUGCAAGCUCUGGUACUGAUGCAAAGCAAGUCUGAGGAAAGGUAUGACCUGCCGACUGGUGUCAUAGAGCUACCUGCAUCUAGGGGGCAUUUCUAUCAGCGCCCGCGGUCUCCCGUUGACAGGAUACCAUCCUUCAGCCUACGUUUACUGGAUGCAUCAAGGUGUCCGAACGUGACCUCAACUUGCCUAGCAGCUGCAAUCAGCAGGUUCGAGGGCCUGUUAUAUCUCGACCUGUCCUUCUCGUAUCCUGCACGGGAUCCUGCUGUGCUCACAGUACUGGCCAAGCUUGCUGGACUGCAGGUGCUAAAGCUUCGUGGAGUGAGCUUGAAGGACGACAGCAUAGAGGUUCUUGCCAGCUCAAUUGGUUUGCGAGUAAGAAGUCUUGAUAUUAGAGACAACCAGGUGACAGAUCGGGGAGUCAGAAUAUUGCUAGACUACUGUUUCGCAAGACAAACUGCACACACCGAGGCAGCUCCAACGGUUAUGUUUCAACACUCACCAAACUUGCUGCCUUAUUUGGGAUCAGAAAUGCUCGACAUAUACCAAGGAGAGGAUUUCGAGGCAUACUUACGCAAUGCGUUCACGGACCGCUUCGUCAGCAGACUAGCUAUUGAGGAUGCUCCAUCUGGGGGCAUUACGCACCUGUAUAUCGCUCGAAACGCUUUAACUGUGGAAGGUAUCUCUGGACUUGUGCGAUCGGGGCGGCUUCACGUUCUGGACGUAGGUUCUGUGGCUGGCGCCAAGUUUCGACAGCACUUGAAUUUUCCAGAAGAGUGCUACUCAGAUUCGACAGUCCCUGGCGCUGAGAAGCUCGCUCCAGUCCUUGCAGCCCACGCUGCAGACUGCCUGACGUUCCUAAGGAUAGAUCACAGCUUGAUCACUAAAGAAACCCCGCGAACGAGUGCGUUUGAAGCGAUUGUGCAUGACCGCGUUGAGCUUGCCGAUACAGCAAUGCCUCUAAUACCUAGACAUGCAGCAGAGCUUGAUGGCAGCUCUGUCCGGCCAGAAGCAUUCGAGCUGGCCGCAGAUGAGCAGCCACCCCAGUAUGAGCUUGAGGGCCAGCCAGUGCCAUUCGUCGGUUCGCCAGCCGUCGAUGACACAUAUAAGGUCGAUGCUGUCGAAGAUAUCCUCGAAAGUGCUUCAGAAGCGAGACGAGAUAGUGAUUUGGCGCCAGAAGUUGUGAACACCAUCUCAAGGAGCACACUUUACCGCACACAUCUCAAUCCUGGGUCUGCUUUCGGUGAAGACACGAUGAUUACGACGGCAAACGGACUUGCUACUGCUGUCUCUUCAGUUGGAAGUCCUGCUGUCACGCCGCCACGUACACCCAGGUCACGGACAUACUCGUCCAUGAACAGCGAGCGACAGGCCAGACUGCGUGCACAAAUGGCUGCUGGGCAUAGUCUUCAUCCGGCCAUGCUUCCCCACCUGACUACGCUCGUUCUGACCAACCUUCCUCAAUCCUCGUCAAACCCGGCUAUCGCUGAUCGAAUCAUUCGCUUCGUCAAAAGGUGUGCAGAAGAGACUGCUCAUGCGAGAAGUCAGGCGCUGCUCGAUUAUUCGUUGCCUCCUGGGCGCAAGGGUCACAUGUCUGCACUGAAUCAGUCAGCGAACAAGAUCUUCGCUUCGAAGAGACUGGUGCUAGAAGUUGCACCAGAGGACGGGGAACGCAGCAGAAAGGCUAGCCCGUGGCAGCACCAGGAGACGAGAUCCAUGACCAAUGAUCGAGAUAGUGAAGCUCUGUGGGAUGCUGCUGCUACCGACUUCAGCUUCUUUGGAGAAGAGGAGAAUAUGUUCCCGACUAUCGAAGCAGGGCUGCCGACCUACAAUGUUGCAUCUGAGAAAGAGGUGGAUUGUGGUCAAGCAGGAGAAGAACGUGCCAGUUCUCAACCUUUAUCUGGAAUGAUCAGCAUCGACACUAUUGCUGCCCUUUCCAGUUUUCGAAAAGAGCGUAAGUUGGCUCACAACCGAAAGCUUGCCGCUGGCGCGCCACGUGCUGAGACGGAAGGCUUUUGGGAUGGUGUCAUCCAAGUGGUGCGCUCUCAUGCGAACAUGCGGAGCGAUGAAGAGCUAGACUACUACGGCAACAGAUUCACCAACAACUAUUUAUAUCGAUAAACUGGACAAUUAUUUCACAUGACUGGCGACGCUUUGGCGACCAAAACUGCAUGAGCGCGGUCCGGUUUCCUUCUAUCCAUCGUAUGCUAGACGCUCUUCACAUCCUCCCGACUUUCCUGAGCCGUGGUCGCGCUACGUUCGUAUCUAACGUAGAACAGGAUCGGAUCUGGAGCGAUUUUCUGGUUAGAUGUGUUCCACUCCAGUCUAGAAUGCUGCCGUCGCCUCCACUACUCACUGUGAAUCUGUGAGACAUAGCACCACCACGACUACCACUCCGCAGGGAUAUGCACGACCUUCUCCAGACGCGUGCACUCUGUGGCAUCAUUUGAUACGCGUCUAAUCUUCGGAUCCCAUGCUUAUCGAGACGGCGCUAUGUCCGACGCCGGGUCAAUUCCGUGGCCUGCAGCGUAGAGCGAAGCCAGCGCUUGGCACUACUGUCGAAGUAUCCACGAUACGACAAUACUACACUGCAUGAUCUGCGUCCGUCUGGCAUUGUUAUUGGAGUCGUCGUCUUCGCGCAACGGAUUCGGGUUGACUGGAGCACUACUAGUCUUCUUCUAACAGCCCUCCACACAAUGAAGCUGACUGCUGCUGCUGGUACCGUAUUGGCAACGUGCCACUUUCGCUCCAGAAUCCAGUUGGCUCUCGCUUGCUGAUCACUCUAGCGGAUCGCUGUAGUGGCAUCAUGGGAACUGGUAUGCGUGAACACAAUCUGGUUGUGGUUGUUUUUGUCGUGACAGUGACACACCUGCCACGAAACAAGAAAUUGGUAUGAUAUGAUAUGUUGAAUGUAUAAAGAGGCUACGCAUGCCGGUUGUUCCUCGAAACCAUCCACCACCACGACAUCGAACCAACCAGAACAUCACAUCCAAACAAACCCAACCAAUCUUACCAAUCUUUCACCAUGAAGUCCGCUAUUGCAGUCUUGGCGGUUGUCGCCGCUACCAUCAGCUCGGUUUCGGCUUUUACCUGCAGACAAUCUCAACCCGGUACCUCAACUUGGGCCGGCUACUGUGUUCCCAGCGACGAGGAGAGAAACGGAGGUUGGUUGACGCAGUACUGCUCAGGAGGUAACCCUUGCAAGGUAGAGGGAACUCCUUGCCAGGUUGACAAGUGGGAUUACCACGGAGUUUCGUUGUCUACUUGCAGUUAGAUAUUUUGAUACCUACCUACCUACCUACCUACCUUAGGGCUUUGGGGGGUGAGAUGGAGGAGGAGGAGGAGGAGGAGGAUGGUGUGUAGGAAUUGAUGAUGAGGGAAUGAGUGUUUAUGAUAUGGGCAUGCAAUUGUGCGAGUAGUCCAGUUUUUGUUAGGUGUUAGGGCUAGGGCGAC